GACAGGUGGUGACGUCAAACAGGCGGGAUAUCCGUACUAGUAAGCUAGCUAAUAACAUGGCGAAGACUUACGACUACUUGUUUAAACUACUUUUAAUCGGCGAUUCCGGGGUCGGGAAGACGUGUGUGCUCUUCAGAUUCUCAGAGGACGCCUUCAACUCAACGUUUAUCUCAACCAUAGGUAUUGACUUCAAGAUAAGAACAAUAGAAUUAGAUGGCAAGAAGAUCAAGCUACAGAUAUGGGAUACAGCGGGACAGGAGAGGUUCAGGACCAUCACAACAGCCUACUACAGAGGAGCCAUGGGCAUCAUGCUAGUAUAUGACAUUACCAACGAGAAGUCCUUUGACAACAUCAAGAACUGGAUACGAAACAUAGAAGAGCAUGCCUCUGCAGAUGUGGAGAGGAUGGUCCUUGGGAACAAAUGUGACGUAAACGACAAGCGUCAGGUGUCCAAAGAAAGAGGAGAGAAGCUGGCCUUGGAGUAUGGUAUCAAGUUCAUGGAGACCAGCGCAAAGUCCAACAUCAAUGUGGAAAAUGCCUUCCUAUCCCUCGCCAGAGAUAUCAAAGCCAAGAUCGACAAGAAGCUGGAGGGCAACAACCCACAAGGCAGCAGUCAAGGAGUCAAGAUCACGGAACAGCCCAAGAAGAGUAGUUUCUUCCGCUGUUCGCUCCUGUGAGGCAAGCGUCCACCGCCGCCAUCCACCAUCGCCUUAACUUUUGUCCCUCACUGGACACAACUGGACAGAGACAACUCUGAUCUCACGUAACGUCUUAACUGUCUUCCUCCCGCUCAGCCUCUUGGUUUUUCUUUACCAGUCUUCCACCAGUGGUCUGUUAAGUACGCGCUCAAUCAGAUACCUUCUGUACAUUUUACUGACUUUUAAGACCACAUUUACACCCUUAGCGUUUUCAGCCUCAACUCCUUUUUCUACGGCGGUCCUGUUUUUCUUACCAAAAAUUGCCCGCUUAAGUCGACAUUGACGUAAUUUUGUUGAAGCCGAAGGGGGUCGUUUCUAUUUUCUGUUAUGUUGACAUGUGUUGUAGUUCUUAACUUGAUCAGUAUCGCUAAGCAGCAAUAUGACUACUCUGUUAUUACACAACAUUACCACAUGCACACAGCUACUUCCUGGUCAGUGCAAAGUAAGCUUCGAAAUAAAAGCAUAUGAGUAACUGACAAUUGAAAGAUUUGUGCGUAUGCAAAAACGUUAUCCUCAUCGUAUUUAAAACAUGCAACAAAAAUCAGAGCUUGUGUCAAUGACCCGACUGUGCGGAUCAGCGCAAGUCUUGGUCCUGUUUUUUCUUCUAAAAAGUGCCCGCUUAAGUCGACGCUGACGUAAACAUUUUAGAUCCAAAGGGGGGUCGUCCCUAUUUUUGCUUGUGUUGUAGUUCGGUUAACUUGAUCAUUAUCGCUAAGCCGCAACAUGUCUACCUUGUAAUUACACAACUUUACAACAAGCACACAGCGACUUCCUGGCCAGUUGCAAAGUACGCUUCAAAAUAAAAGAAUUGAAGUAACUGACAACAAAAUCCAAACUUUAUUUUAGAUUUAUAGCCACAGCCAGAAGGAUUUUUGCACGUGUGAAAACGUUAUCGUUCAAAGAGGCAUACGGCUACUUCCUGGUCAGUGCAAAGUACGCUUCAAAAUAAAAGCAUGUAAGAAACUGACAUAACUAAAUGCGAACUUUGCUUUAGAUUCUUAGCCACCACAAGAAAGGUUCUUGCAUGUGUAAAAAUUGUAUCAUCAUAAUCAUAACGUGCACACAGCCACUUCCUGGUCAGGUCAAAGUAUGCUUCAAAGUAAAAGCCUUGAAGUAACCGACAAUUAACAAAAUGCAUACUUUUUCGAUUUUUAGCUACGGGAAGAAAGAUUUGUGCAUGUGCAAGGACUUUAUCAUCAUCGUAGUCAUAACAUAGAACAAAUAUCAGAGCUUAUGUCAACAACCCGUCUGUGUGGAUCUGCACGAGUCUGCAGGUCCAGUUUUUCUUACUAAAAAGUGCCCGCUUAAGUCAACGUUGACAUCAAUAUUUUCUUAUGUAGUUUUGUUAACUUCAUUAUUAUCGCUAAGCAGCAACAUAACUACUGUGAAAUUACACAACAUUACAACAUGCACACAGCGACAUCCGAGUUGGUGCAAAGUAAGCUUCAAAAUAAAAGCACGGAAGUAACCGACAGUUCAUUUUAGAUUUUUAUUUGCUACCAGAAGAAAGAUUUGUGCAUGUGCAAAAAUGUUGUAGUUAAAACAUACAACGUCUGCGACUUGUCCAGGGUGUACACCGCCUUCCGCUUGAUUGUAGCUGAGAUAGGCACCAGCGCCCCCUGCAACCCGAAAAGGGACAAGCGGUAGGAAAAUGGAUGGAUGGACUAUAAGAGCUUAUGUCGACACCCGCUUAUGUUGACAUAAGUAAGUCGGUGUGUGUGAAUCUUUUGGCACCCACAAAAGACAAGUCAGUUCAGAAUCGAUUAUAAAAAAACAUUUUAAAAAAAUAAUUCCUGUUUUUUUUUUUUUUUUUAAGAUUUUUGAAAAUGACUAAUCAAUCAAGAAUCGCGAUUCAGAUGUGAAUGGAUUUUUUUGUGUGUGCCCGCCUUAUAAGUCCGAGGGGCGUCGACAUAACCGGCUUCCAGUGAAGACAUCCAAUAAUGGCCUCUUUCACCAAAGUGCUGACUGGGUAAAUUCCCAGGUUCAGUAAACGCAACAUGUAAAUACAAGUAUUUGAAAAGCUGAUAUUACAUUGCCGUAUAUACGCUGAGGCUUUUAUUUACGUACAACUUUUCUUUUUUUUUAUUAUGAUUAUUUGCUGAUGCUGAGACAUUCCUUUUUGUGAAGACUUUCUUAUUUUAAUGUAACGUCUGCGGAGGAGGUUUUGGCAACUUUGACAAAUGUUGACGAUAUUCAGGGCACAAAGGCAAAGCAGGACACGCUGCAAUCCCGCACACGGCCACAAGGAGGACACAAAGUUUCAUAGCAGCACAACGUUGGGGCGGAGGGGUCUUUGUUUUGUUUUUUUAUGCAUUUCUACUUGUGGCAGUUGGCGCUUUGCAGUACAACAGCAGUUUGCACAGGAGCGAUGCUGUAGCAGUAUUUAUGGAGCCACACCGCGACAAAAGUGCCCUUUUAUGUUCUUACCAAUAAUGCACUUUGGAUCUCUUCCUUCUGUACAAAACAAACACCGGCUACCCUUUCCUCACUGCGAGUCAUAACUGAAAGUGAAACUAUCCAUGCACAUGUUCCAACACCUGAGCACUAAAAAGAGUUUUUAGAAGGAAAAUGAAGACGGCGUGUUAAUGUUAAAAUCCAGUGUGCACCGCAGCCAUCUGAACUAUGCAUUCUGGUGCAUGCUAACCUCAAAGAGCAAAUGUGCAGUUUUAUUCUUUUGCUGUCACUCUAAAUUUAGGAAAAAAAUCUAUAUAUAUGUAUAUAUAUAUGUGCAUAUAUAUAUAUAUAUAUAUACAUAUAUAUGUGUGUGUGUGUAUGGAUUUCAUUGGACCUUGAGGAGAAUCCAAUUUCUACAUGUUUUGGACCUGUGGAUUUAAGUGGACUUGACUCCUAAACAAAUGCUUUUUAGAGUUCAUGGUUUAAUUUUGCAUCAAGUGAGGAAGUCCUGACAUAAUUCAAGCAAUUGUAAAAGAGACCUACAACCAUUGUACUGUACUUGCAUAAAUCGUAUUGGUCUGCACACCUUCUGUAGAUAAUGUGUACUUUUGGAUGAUUUAUUAAAAGAUGGGAUUGAAA